UUGUUAAACAAUAUUUUUUACUUUUAUUGUGUCUGAUUUAUACAAUGCAGUCACCGCAUCAUUAUGCCCACGUUGCGAUGUAAUUCAAUCACAGCAACCAAAAUCUUACAAUGAUAUUACGGUGCAAUGUAAUUUAAUUAUAUCAUAUAUUUAGGUACUUUCAUAGGGCAAGUUUAUUUAUUAAUGGAUACUUACAGGAAAUGACCUAAGAUCAUGGCUGUAAUCCUGUCGAAAAAGCAAAGACUGAACUUAGAGCAGGCAUAAAACGUGGGGACAUUUACGAAACAACCGGAGCAUUAUAUAAACAACAAUAUAGGGACAAUAAAGAGACCAGUUGUUCCGAAGAAAGCACAUCAUUCUGUCAGAAACAGUUUGCCAGCAUUCCAACACAGAAAUUCGAUAUGGAUACAGACAUCCGCCAUGAAAGUAUAGACAAAAAGUCUACCUGCUUUAAAGGGUCGUUCUGGUGCUCAAGUCGUUUUGUCCUUAUCGUUAUCGGCUUCUUUGGAUUUAUGAAUCUAUACGCCUUGCGGGUAACCAUGAGUGUUGCAAUUGUGUGUAUGACAGGACCUGAGACUAACACCAGCAAUACCAGCAGUUUUGCCAAUGAGAAUGUUUCAGAAAGUGAUAUGCCAGAGGUACAGGUAUCAAACCAAGAUGACAGGUUUGAUUGGGACAAAGAAACUCAAGGACUUAUACUUGGUUCCUUUUUUCUUGGAUAUGCACUAACACUUUUACCAAGCGGUUGGCUUGCGGGAAGAUAUGGCGGGAAACAAUUAUUCGGCUGGAGUAUGUUUGUAUGCGCUGUUGCAACAUUAUUCACACCAUUGGCUGCGAGGACCAGUGUGGUUCUGCUUAUAGUUAUACGUGUUUUCACGGGACUAUGUCAGGGUGUAGGUUUUCCAUGUAUGCAAACGUUGCUGUCCUACUGGAUACCACCGUUGCAAAGAAGUUCAUCUGCAAGUUUUGUCUACACUGGGACUCAGAUUGGUGUCAUGGUAACAUUUCCUGUCAGUGGUGUCCUGUGUGUCGAUGGUUUCGAUGGUGGUUGGCCUAGCAUAUUCUAUGUAUUUGGUUCUCUUGGUGUAGUAUGGUUUUUUGCUUGGAUGUAUCUCGUGUUUGACUCGCCAGUAUUACAUCCCAGGAUCUGUGUGAUGGAGAGGAAAUAUAUUGUAGAACAACUUAAAUCUGAUAUAGAUAUAAGUAAAAAGUCCUCGAGUACGCCAUGGUCAAAGAUACUUACAUCACUACCUGUGUGGGCAAUCAUUGUUUCAGAAACUUGUGCUGAAUGGGGAACAUACAGCUUCUUGACCAAUAUACCGACCUAUAUGGAAGAUGUUCUAAAGUUUGAUAGCAAAAAGGCGGGAUUUCUUGCUUCUCUACCGUAUCUUGGCUUCUGGGUCGUUUCUAAUGUGUCUGCUCAUCUUGCCGACUUCCUUCGAGAACGAGGCUACAUUUCUACUACAACAGCAAGGAAAGUCUUUAACAGCAUAGGCAACAUCUUACCGGCAAUAAUUAUUGUUAUCAUGGGAAAUGUUGCCGACGACCCGGGUAUUGCAGUUGCCAUGCUGAUUUUGGGUGUGGCUAUGUCUGGAUGCCAGUACGGCAGUGGAUUUAUAGUAAAUCCUGUCGACAUUGCACCAAGAUAUGCCGGUAUUAUUAUAGGGAUUUCUGCAACCACCGGUGCACUUGGAGGUUUCUUCGCACCCUUAGCAAUUGGAUUUAUAACAGUCGAUAAAACAAAAGAGCAGUGGAAAACAGUAUUCUAUAUUACGGCUGCAAUCUACACAUUUGGUGCAAUAUUCUACAUCAUUUUUGCUUCGGGUGAAUUACAGGAUUGGGCUCGGGAUGAAGAUGAUAACCAAGAUAUUAAUGCAUGGACGUGCACUUGGGUAGAACCACACACCUUUCGUGAGCUUUCUGGUUGGCUUCCCGGCAUGAAGAAUUCUACAUUCCUAACGAGAUUUUGCCAAUAUUGGUGACGGGCAGGUGAUUCAAAGACCUUAAGAUUCUCCAUUGCACGGAGAAAAUUAUGUUUAAAAUGUGAAAACAAUGUAUUUCAGUAUUGUUUCUAAACUGUCGUGAAAAUAGAGGAAAAUGUAAUGAAAUAUUGUUUGCAUGCCAAAGAGAACUUUACAUUAACUAAUAUAAUAAACAGGUUUGAAAAUGAAGUAUUGAAAUGUUAAAAUUGUUAAUUGCUGUCAAAUAUUUCUAAAUGCACAUGUAUUAUAUAUAUCAAUAUCUAGUACCUUUUAGUUGAUGAUAAAAUACAUGAACUUUAUUUGUAUAAUAAUAUGCACCAUGAAAGUAAAUUUGACUGUCUGUAACCAUUUGAGUAGUUGGCCCCUUAAACCGGCUUGAUCUUUCUUAAGUGGCAGUUAAGUUUGAAGCUUGAGUUUGGAAUUGAGAGAUUCGAGUAAUCCCUGUGAUCUUCACUUUUUAGCCAUAAAUAUUCACACACAAAUGAGACCCCCACCCCCCCACCCCAAUUUUGAUAAUAGGCUUAAGUAGAAAAACACCGACAAACAUUUAAACAAUAACAUAAUUUAAAAAAAAAAAUUGAAUUAUGAAGUAAACAAAUCAAACUGUAGUUUUAUAUAAUCUGGUAUAGUUGUUUAGUUCACAAAUUCAAUUCAUACAAAACUUAUCAAUUAGUUAUGCCACUUUUCAAAAAGAAAUAAAAAUCUGUGUAUGAAAAGAAUUGGAACAACUGCCUUACCCUUGCAUGACCGUAAGAGGCGACUAAUGGGGUCUUAACAGUUGAUUUUGCAGUAACUCUGUGAUUCCAGCAGGUAUGCAAAUUUUGAUUCCAUACCUCAUGUUUUUAUUUCGAUGUAAAUGAGAUGUGGAACCAAAAUUUGUAGUCCUGUGUGGCGCCAUAUAACCUAUACUGAUGAGCUGUGUAGGUAUUAGAGUAAUGGAAAUGGUAAUAUUCAAACACAUGUACAAUUAUUUACAUUCAAAUAUUUUAAUUUACCCAUCACAGUCUGGGUUUCUUACAGGUCAUUCAACUGUUUAUUAGCUCAUUGACAUAUCAUCUGAUGUGUGAAUCAUUCGAUAAAAACAAUUUUCUGCGACAUAUCUAAAGCUUUUGACAGAGUUUGGCAUCGUGUUCUUAUCUUUAAACUUAAUACGGUAUUAAUAUUGAACUCUUACAAUGGACCACUGACUAUCUCUCUGAAAGAAAACAGUCUGUUUUUGUAGGUUCUGAAUUAUCUAAAAUACUUGAUAUCUCAGCCAGUGUUCCUAAAGGCUCCUUUUGUUUGUAGCAGCAGUUAUUUGGCUGUUUCAUCUAGCGACACACAUUAUAUCGAAAUGACUUUAAACCGUGAUCUCUAAAUCAUUGAUAAAUGGUCUAAGCAAUGGCUAGUAAAAUGGAAAAAGUGGAAAAUGUUGCAGGCUCGGUUCGACGCUAGUGGAAUUGCAUGCUACGGUCUACGCCCUCUAGCCCCGGGUUGAGCUGAACUCAACAUUUACACAUGCCUAAAGUACAGAAAACAACUUAGAGACAUCCGCAGAUGUGUUCAUACGGCGGUACACAUGGAACCUUCAAUGCAACACUAGUGUGUAAUUCCAUGAAAAGCGUUGUAUGGUCCCCAGUCAAAAUAAUGGGUUUGCCCUAACUGAGAAAACAAUUGGUAGAACCAAACAAACUGGAAUUUAGAAAGGGGAUCUGAGGUUAUGGAGCUUCCAUAUCACAGGAACUGCCAAAAGACAAAAUUAAAAUGCAGGCACCAUAUCCAAGAGGUGAUUAUACAAUACUCAAAGCUAUGAAAGAGGGAGUAUUGGAACCACCCAGGAGUAUGAAGCCGCUAGCAGAGAAAAAGGGUUCAAUCAACUCUCUGAUCAAAGAAGUAGGUUGGUUUCUCUUUCAGACAGGCGAAAAAAUCAGAAGUUGGUUACGGUCUACAAAGCAAACAAAUGGUCUUCUCUUACAAUACGUUGAAACUAUUUGCCCUUUAUUAGUAACAGAUACGAAAAAUUAUUCAUUAAGGAAUAGCAACAAUUACACAACAGAAAAUCGACGUACAAAGGCAUACAAUAAAUCAUCUAUACCUGCUGCAACCGACUUAUGGUUGCUGUUCGCGAUUCAAAUUGAUUAAAAAUAUUUAAAUCAAAAAUGAAAGAGAAAAAUAAAGCACCACAAGUAACACAUUUUGUUCGGAAACACUUUUUCGGAUACAUGCAUGCCUAAGAAAUAAUUGUAGUAACUUACAUGAUAGUCUGUUCAAAAGCUAUUUAAGAGAAAAGUCGACAAGCAAUUGUGGAUACUUUGUUAAAAGAUGCUGAACAUUACCUAUUUCACUGUCCCAUAUUUAAACUUCAACGCAUUAUACUGAAUCUUUCAUCCGCUUAAUGUUGAUUUGUUACUUUACGGUAGUGAUGUGUUAGACGUUGAAAAUAAUAAAUAUUUACAGCUGUUCAAAAGAUUAUUAGAACUACGAAACCUUUUCACAACACUUGACUUUAUUUACUCUGUGCUUACGCCCUGAUGUCACUACUUCGAAAACGUAUGUAGGCAGAAACGAAUCUAUUGAUUAUGGGAUGGGGAUACUUCUUGGCUUGAUCCUAACGCCUUAUCAAUAGUUAUAUACAUUUUUAUAUGUAUUUGUUAAAGUUACCGUACAAAUUACUAUGUUCUUAAAACAGCAUUUUGUGUCUUUUAUAUUUUGUAUUUCAAUCAAUCUAGAAUAAGAAUAUAUCGUUUCGAUAAUGAUGGCCAUUUUUUGGAAAUUAAUGGAGACGGAAAAAAAAUACAAUAUGAAUAUUAUUUCAAAUAUGAAUUAUCACAAGAUGUGAAACAUAUGUACACUAACGCAUAAAAUUGUUACGACAAAUUGACAACAAUUAUAGGUUUACAUCCUGUAUAAUAAUUUUUUUUUGCAAUUUAUUGCUAUUGUUGAAAUAUAUUCAUUUUCAUCAAAAAAUAACAAGUCUAAUUAUGAAAACUUAAUUUAGCAUAUAGUUAAUACAUUAUUUUUCUUCUGUAUAAAUAAAAUAUCCAAAUUCUAUGUUCUGUUACAUUUUAACACAUAAUAAGGAAUUAGGCUUAUAUUUGAAUGUAAUAAGUUUAUAUCUAAUGUUUUGGAAAGAUACGUACAUCUAUGUUAAUAUUUUAAGAUAUUAUACAUAUGCAUAGGUAAUUAUGUAUAUUCAUUCUAUCUUUAGUGUACCUGUACAUUUCUAUAAAAUGCCUUUCUGUAUUGUAUUAUAUUGUUAUAAGCAGGUGGUUAGUAUCAAAUAAACAUUUUGUCAUUGUCAUUGUCAUUGCCAUUCUAGCAUAAAAACUUUUUGGGGUGUUUUGACAGGAAAGAAAAAGUGUGUUCACAGAGAGACUUUCGCGCUAACGUGCUGUUAAAACACAUUUUUAUAUAUGCGCGAAAAGCCUAAACGUAUAUUCUUUUAUUCUAAGCAGAUACUUUGAACAUUUUAUUUGCUGAAAAAUGAUGCGAAUCAAUUACAAGGAAUAUACGGAUUUGCGCAGAUCUCUUUGCUCAUUGGCAAACAUCUCUUAAAUAAGCAUUGGGAUAAAUACAUUUCAUUUCACGAUAUCAUAGGUCACAUAUGUACUUACAACUCUGAGAAAUUUCAUUUAAAUCUAAACUGUCGAAAAGUUCUAAUUUGGAAAAUGUUAUCAUAAUUAUGAUUUCCCUCUAGGCUCUCAUUAUAAAAUUUUGUGUGAGGCUCAAAUAUUUUAAAUCAGUCUAGCAAAAAAAUCAAGCACACGACCCUUUCUUUUUUAUUUGCUGUAUUUUCUAUUAGUAAGUAUAUUCUGAAGUUUUGAAAAUAAGGGUUUAAUCAAAUUCUACAUUAUAGAAAUGAAAUUGGUCCAAUCCUUGCAGAACUACCUUAAAUGUGCAGUUAUAUAAUUGCAGUUUGCAAAGUCCCGACUGAAAGUAGCUGUACAAAGAAAUACAUUUGAAAUAUGGAGGUGAAUAGAGUAGAUAAUUUUACCUGUAAUUUUCCAAAUACGUUGUAACAUGUUUAGGUUAUGUUUAACUAAUAUUUCAAAUAUUCAUGUAUGGGAAAGGUUAGUUUUAAAUAUCAAUUUAUUACCAGAAGAAUGAUCUUUUCUUAUAAAACUUAACAUCACUCAAAACUUGUUUUCAAAAUUGACCACUUCAUUUAAUAAAAUCAAUGUUGCCACAUUGAGCAUGCAUUAAAUAGACAAAAAUUUUCUAUGUAAUAAAAUUGUAUGUAUAAAUGAUGUUUAAAACUGCCUUAAAAUUUUAAGAUGGAUCUCAUACGCAGAAUAAUGUUCGAGUUCAUGAUUUGGAAAUAGCCAUUAAAUCCUUUUAGAGCUUGUCCAAAUCAAUUUAAUAAAGGCUUGAUUUUGUUAUUCUAGAAUUGAUGAAAUUAGGCGCUGCUAUUUUACGGAUAGUUCUCCAGCUCUUUCAGCAGAAUACAGCAUUUUCCUCAUUUUACAUGUCAUUGAUAAUUUCUAAAAUUGCUAAAUGUAACUGUUGCACACAUAUUACAGUACAUACCCAGGAUUUAAGGGGAACAACUCUGAAUUGACCAAUUAUCCAAUGCUACCAUAAACGUGGUGACCAAAAGUGAAAGAACUAUUUAAUAACCCUUUUCAAUAUGUGAUCAGGCAGAAAAAAUAUAACAUACAUUUGUUUAAAACUCUAUGCUACAGAAAUAGAAUAUAUACACAUUUCUCAUGACUGACAGUUGUUUUGUAGGUAGUACUGAGGUCCUGUCAGAAAGUUUAGGUGCAUCAAAAAAAAAAUACACCGAUUUAAUUCAAGAAAUUUUAUGACUAAUAAAUUGUUACAGCAAAUAUGAACUUUUACUUUUUAAGGUAUUUCAUGACAGUGACGAUAUUUUCAUUCAAACAAACCUUGAAUUAUAUAAGAUAUAAAUCCGACAGGACAAUUUGAAAAAAGCAAAAAAAAACAAAACAAAAUGACAAAAAUGGUAAUCAGUUUAUGUAGAUUCUUUGUUAUAUUCAUAAUUUUAUUUCAUUGAUUUAAAGGUGUUUCUGGUGGUUCGUUUAAUUUGAAACAAUCCUCUGCAUUUUUGGG